CCUCUGAACUGGAGUAACAAUUGUGAGCCACCAUUGGGUACUGCGAAUCAACUGGGGGUUCUCUGGAAGAGCAGCUAAUGCUCUUAACUGCUGAUCUCUCCAGUCCUUUAAGUUUUGAUAUGUAAAAUAUGACCGACCACCCUUCAAACAUUCCUUAAAUAUUGCAUGGCUCAAAGACUGAGACCAACAUAUCCUAGAGGAUAGGUCUGUCCAGAGGGACCCCCACCCACUCAGUGUUUUCAUCAGUGCAAGAGACACUUCCUAAGAGGCUUGAAGUCUUUUGAGUCAUGAAAGUGAAACAAUUUAUUUUUUGGAUCUUGUAAAGUUGGGUGUCAGCCUAGAGAGAAGGCAAAAACGGCUGUCAUGCAGAUUUGGUAUAAAAUAGGUUUUAUAGCCCUUACGGCAUUUCCCUGUUCCCAAAUUCCACACUACUGAGUUCUUCAGGAGGAUUCAUUCUUAUAGGCAUUACCCUCUCUCCAGCUUCCCUAUCCUAUCCGUGCAGGAUGCAAAGCUCUUGACAUAUAUCCUGGAGCUCAGAUCCUCUCCUUUUAUGUUAGUCAUGUUAACAGCCUGCAACGUUUCAACCCAAUGAUAAAUUAAUAAAUGUUAGGCAAGAAAGAACCUGCUGCCGGCUAGGGAAUCCAAGGGCCCAAUCCUCCUAAUUUCCUGUAAUCCACCGAUGAGCUUUAAACGCGCCUCUUACUACAAAUGGACCAUAGUUUCUUUAUUUCCUUAUGGCAGAAAGACUUUCCUGGUAGAGGUGAUGGAUGGAGUGAGAGUCAGGUGCCUGAACACACAGCGACUCUGUACAUUGAAGCGUGUGCGUGAAUGCAAAACGGCCCUGGGUGGCAACUCUGGGGUCCACUGGGGACAGCGGUCUAAGUUUUAGGUGUCAUUCAAUGAGUAACUCUGGCUAUACUCUGUUCUUUGGAUUUGGAUUGAAGACAGGGGACCGUGUUCAGGAGGGGCCGAAGUGGUCAAAGAAGGGAAGCAGGACUCCCAGUUGACUGCACCUGAGAACCAAAAGUGGGGGCUGGUGGAUCCUAGAGGAUGCCCCAGUGUUCGCAGAAACACAUCGCGACAGAAAAAACGACUUUGGCAAAGUGCGGGAGAGAGUGCCCAGAGCGCACCGGAGGCAUGGAGAGCCGCUGGUAUGUAAGUCCUCCUCCUGUCGGGAGAGGGCGAUAGGUAGCACCGCCUCGGGAAAACGGUUUGUCCAAACCUUCCCGCCGCCCAGUCGACGAACGCCCGCGAGCCCCGGGAACGCCGCGCCUCGCUCAUUGGCGUGGAUGAAGAGGGUGGAGAGCGUCGGCGUACCAAUUGGGGACCAGAGAGAUGGCUCUCCGCCCUUGGAGCGUCAGCGGAGCGCGCGUGCGCAAGGCCACACGGGGCUCCGGAUUGGCGGGGCGAAGCUGACAGUUGUGUGUAUGGGGGGUGGGGAGGCGAGUGGGUGAAGGGAGGGAGUGUAAAUAGAGCGAAGGCGGUGUCGCCGCCGCCCUGUCACCUCCGAGCGACUCGCCGGGAGCCCAGGUGGAGAUGGAAGACGAGCAGGAGCAGCGGCGCAGGAAGGUGGAGGCUGGGAGAGCCAAGCUUGCUAACUUCCGACAGAGAAAAACAAAAGGUGACUGUCCGAAUUCGAAGAAAAAGACGGCGAAGAGGAAGGGUUCGGCUGUCCAUGCGUCUGUCCAGGAGGAGGGUUCGGUAGCCACUCCCAACAGCGAGCUCCCCCAAGGAGGGGCGGUCUUUGAAAGCCCAUCAUGCAGCAACACCCUGGAGGGGACCAGAGGGGCAUCUGCAGCUCAGGAACAAGAAGACUGUGAACUGGAUGUGACUGACCUGCAGGGACAGCAGCAGACACAGCCACCGCCACCCCAGACAGCCCACAGCCUGGAGCUAGAAGCGCUGCGCUUGAGCCUGAACAACAUGCACACAGCGCAGCUGGAGCUGACGCAGGCCAACCUGCAGAAGGAAAAGGAGACAGCGUUGACGGAGCUUCGGGAAAUGCUCAAUGGCCGGCGGGCACAGGAGCUGGCCCUGCUGCAAAGUCGGCAGCAGUGCGAACUGGAGCUGCUGCGAGAGCAGCACGCCCGCGAGAAGGAAGAGAUGGCGCUCCGCAGCGGGCAAGAAGCAGCUGAGCUGAAGGAGAAGUUACGGUCAGAAAUGGAGAAAAACGCCCAGACGAUCGAGACCCUGAAGCAAGAUUGGGAAUCCGAAAGAGAGUUAUGUUUGGAAAACCUCCGCCAGGAAUUGUCGUUGAAGCAUCAGUCGGAGAUGGAGGGUUUGCAGAGCCAGUUUCAGAAGGAAUUGUCAGAACAGAAGGUUGAAUUGGAGAAGAUUUUCCAGGCCAAACAUGAGGCUGAAGUUUCCCUGAAGAACCUGGAGGCUCAACACCAGGCGGCCAUCAAGAAGCUGCAAGAAGACCUGCAGUCAGAGCACUGCCAGUAUUUACAAGAUCUAGAGCAGAAAUUCCGAGAAAAGGAAAAAGCAAAAGAGUUGGAGUUAGAGACCCUUCAGGCAUCCUAUGAAGACCUAAAGGCACAGUCCCAAGAAGAGAUCAGACUCCUUUGGUCCCAGCUUGAGUCUAUGAAAACCAACAGAGAGGAACUGAAUGGGUCAUGGGAUCCAGUGCUGGCCCAGGCCUCUCACCUGGAGGAGCUGGAGCACCUGCGGUCGGGUUUCGCUCAGCAGCAGCAGCAAGAGCGAGCCCAGCACGAGUCUGAGCUGGAGCACCUGAGGGUCUAUUUUGAGAAGAAGUUGAAGGAUGCCGAGAAGACAUACCAAGAAGACCUGACUGUGUUCCAGCAAAGGCUGCAGGAGGCAAGGGAGGAUUCUCUGGAGUCUACAGAAAUCAGUUCGUCCUGUGUGCUUCCGGAGGAGACAUCUGGGAGAGAAGGAAAGGAGCCACCAGAUCCACUUGAUCUUCAGCUUGGGCAGCCGAAGGUCCAGGAGAGUCUGGUUGAAGACUGUCAGGUGAAACUCAGUAAAGCCGAGGAGAAGAUUCAGCAAAUGAAAGAGGAGUUCCAAAAGAAGGAAGCCGAGUGGGAGCUUUCCCGGGAGGAACUAAAGAGAGAAGCUGAAGAGAGAUUAGCCUCCAUGUUUCUGGAGCUGAGAGAAAAGGCUGAGUCUGAGAAACUGUCCAUAAUCAGCAGGUUUGAACAUCGGGAGUCCAGCAUGAGGCACCUGCAGGACCAGCAGGCCGCCCAGAUCUUAGACCUGGAGAGAUCUCUGAUGGAGCAGCAGGGUCACCUGAGGCAGCUGGAACAAGAACUCACUCGAGAUGACCUUCUGCCAUGCAGCCAGUGUGGCCAGGAGCCCGCCAUGGCCCAGGAGGAGAAGAAUGGCGCGCUCCUCCGAGAGAAGGAAGACUGUGCUCUGCAGCUGCUGAUGGCCCAGAACAGGUUUUUGGAAGAGCGGAAAGAGAUCAUGGAGAAGUUUGCCAAGGAGCAAGAUGCCUUUCUUCGAGACGCCCAGGAGAAGCACAACCACGAGCUGCAGCUCCUUCAGCAGGGACACCAGCAGCAGCUCCUGGCUCUGAGGAUGGAGCUUGAAACCAAGCACCGCUCUGAGCUCACAGAGCAGCUCGCCUCCUCCGAGAGCAGGCGGCAGGCGCUCCUUGAGACUCACGUGGCCGAGCUGCAGGUAAAACACAAUGCUGAAAUUAGCGCCUUGGAGAAGAGACACCUCUCCAACCUGGAUGAGUUAGAGUCCUGUUACGUGGCCGACGUUCAGACUAUUCGGGAUGAGCACCAACAGGCUUUGGAGCUCUUGCGAGCGGAGCUGGAGGAGCAGCUACAGAAAAAGGAGUCUUGUCACAGAGAGAUGUUGACGCAGGAGCUGGAAAACCUGAAACGCCAACAUGCUGAAGAGCUUCAGUCCGUAAGAGAUAGCCUGAGAAUGGAAAUGAGUGCCCAGCACAUAGAGAACGGGAAAGGGCCGGCCGCUGACUUGCAAGGAGCACACCAGCAGCAAGACCCGGCCAUGGCUCUGCACAAUGAAGGGCACCUGCUGGUGGAGGAUGGCGAUGCAGUCUUGCGUAGUGUGGACGCUGAGGGCCUGCUGCACCAAGCUGGACCUCAGGAGCUGGGAGACGCGCACACAGUUGAAAUGCAGAAGUCACAAGCAGAGUUGGCCAAACCCCAGGAGCUGCAGGCAUCACAGGACCAGGUUGCACAGGUGAGAGACAAGGUCUUCCUGCUGAACCGGGAGUUAGAAGAGUGCCGAGCGGAGCUGGAGCAGCUACAGCAGAGGCGGGAACGGGAGAACCAGGAGGGCACCACGCUGAUCUGCAUGCUCAGGGCUGACCUGGAGCUGGCUCAGGGCGAAGGGAAAGCCCUCCGAGAUGCCCUGAGGAGACUUCUCGAUCUGUUUGGGGACACACUGAAGGCAGCUGUGACCCUAAAGAGCCGGAUCAGUGAGCGUGCGGGGCUCCUCCUGGACCACGAGGAUGCUGCAGAUACAAGUGACGCCCGGUUAGCAGCUGCCGCCCUUGGCGAUAUGUGGUCUGACGAGGGUCUACUGGAGAUAGACAGAACGUUGCCAGAAGGGGCAGAGACAUCUUCCGUGUGUGAAAUUAGCAGUCAUGUGUGUGAAAGCUUCUUCAUCAGCCCUGAAAACACACUGGACUGUGAGCAGCCAAUUAGGAGAGUCUACCAGAGCCUCAGCACGGCCGUGGAGGGCCUCCUGGAGAUGGCCCUGGACUCCUCCAAACAGCUGGAGGAAGCUCGCCAGCUCCAUCGCUGUGUCGAGAGAGAGUUCCGUCACAGGAACGAGGAGAUGGCCCAGGCUAUGCAGAAGCAGCAGGAGUUGCUGGAGCGCCUGAGGGAGGAGAGUGCGGCCAAGGACAGGCUGGCUCUGGAGCUGCACACGGCUAAGGGCCUCCUUGAAGGAUUCAAGGUGGAGAAAGUGGAUCUGCAGGAGGCGCUGGGCAAAAAGGAGGAGUCGGAACAGCAGCUGAUCCUGGAGCUAGAGGAUCUGCGGAAGCAGCUGCAGCAGGCUGCCCGCGAGCUGCUCACUCUGAAGGAGGAGAAGUCGGUCUUGUGGAACCAGAAGGAAACUUUGACUAAUGAAGCAAAAGAAAGAGAAGCUGGCUCUCCUGUCUUGCCAGCACACAAGGACACAGCACUGCAGGAGGAGGUGGAAUCUCUUACCAGAGUCCAGUGGGAGUCCAGGAAGCAGUCUGAAAAGGACCGCGCCACCCUACUCUCUCAGAUGCGCGUCUUGGAGUCUGAGUUGGAGGACCAGCUUGUGCAGCACCGGGGCUGUGCCCAGCUGGCUGAGGAAGUGGCUACCCUGAAGCAGCAGCUGGCUGCCCUAGACAAGCACUUACGUAGCCAGCGUCAGUUCAUGGAUGAUCAAGCUGCCGAGCGUGAGCAUGAGCGGGAAGAGUUCCAGCAGGAGAUCCAGAGGCUGGAGGGGCAGCUCCGCCAGGCAGCCCGGCCACGGCCUCCCGGGCCCCGGGACAGCCAGUGCGUCCAGUUAGACGAGGAGGUGGAGUUGUUACAAGAAAAACUGAGAGAAAAAUUAGAUGGGUUUAAUGAAUUGGUCAUAAAGAAAGAUUUUGCCGAUCAACAAUUGCUAAUCCAAGAAGAAGAAAUUAAGCGCCUCGAGGAGACAAAUGCCAGCAUACAAAGACAAAUGGUCCAGCUCCAGGAAGAACUGGAAAAACAGAAGAAAAGCAUGGAAGAAUUAAAGGAAAAAGAGAUACUAAAGCAAGAGAACAUGGGUGACUUACUGCUAACAACUGUAUCACGGUCCGGGCUGGAUGAAGCUGGGUGUCCUAUGCUUCCCCAAGGCAGCUCUUCUAGGGGUCCGGAAGCCCAACCAGAUGUAACAGAGAGGGCACUCUUACAGCACGAGAAUGAGGUUGUCCACAGGAGAAACUCUGAGAUUGAUGAGCUGAAAAGCCUCAUCGAGAACUUACAGGAAAACCAGAGGCAAUUACAGAAGGAUAAAGCAGAGGAAAUCGAGCAGCUCCACGAAGUCAUUGAGAAGCUGCAGAGCGAGCUGAGCCUCAUGGGACCCAAGGUGCACGAAGUCAGCGAUCCUCAGGCUGGCAGCCUCCACAGUGAGCUGGCCUGCCUCCGGGGGGAAGGCCUGGGUGGACAGGCACUACGGAGUGAGCUGCAGGCUGCGCAGGCAGCCAAGGAGGUGUUUGGCCAGCUCCUGGCAGACCAGGCCCACGGGCACAGCCAGGCUCUGGAGGCCCUGCAGCAGCGUCUCCAGGACGCAGAGGAGGUUGCUGCAAGACACCUGGCUGAGCUAGAACACUGUGUGGCCCUCAGAGAGGCUGAGGUGGAAGCCAUGGCCUCUCAGAUCCAGGAGUUUGCAGCUACCCUGAAGGCAAAGGAAGCAAUCAUCGAGCAGAGAGAUUUAGAGAUUGAUGCCGUGAACAAGUGGAAAGUAAGCCAUUCCCUGGAGCUGGAGGCCAUCCUUUUGGCUUUGGCUCACUUCCGUCAUGCUCUGGAACAGCAGACCUGUGCCACCCCGGACGAGCCCCCUGAGCUCCGGCAGCUGCGAGUGCAGUGUGCUCGCCUCAGCCACCAGCUACAAGUGCUGUAUCGGCCUUUCCUCAAGUGCCGGAUGCAGUUGGACCAGCACCAGCCUCAUGUGGCAUCUAUUGGCUGUGCAAACCCUUGUGCAGAUGAUGAACUGGAGCAGGAGGGAGUCAGCAACAGGCUGGCCUUGGCUCCCCACAGCCUGGCCGCACAGGCUAAGGAAGAACUGGAAGACUGUCCCCUGGGCAAGGCCAAUCUCAUGGCCCAGGUGAGACAACUUCAGGAGGAACUGGACCACCGCGUGCAUUCCGUGGCCUCCAGGGACACCAACUCGGAAACUUGUAAAUUACAGCAGCCAAACCUGUCGGAAAAUGGGCCACGUAAUCAUUGUUGUAACGGUGAAGAAAGUAAGCCAUCGCCUCCCGAUGAUGUACUUAAUAUUGCCAAAACCACAUGGGAUGUAAUUGAUAUUAUUAAAAAUCAGGAUUUGUUGGUCCAAGUUGAAAUGCCAGAUUUCCCCACUCAAGAAAAGUUAACAUCCCAAGGUGGACCUUUCUCUUCCCAAGCCAGUGGGCACAGCGGCUCCCUCCUCCCAGAGGAGGCGGCUGAGCCCCAGCAGGACCCCGUGAGGGCACUGGACCUGUCGUCCUGGAGCUCCCCUGAAGUUGUCCGGAAGGACCCAUCCUUGGAGCCUCAGCACAGCCUGCCCCUGACCCCGGGCGUGGGCACAGUGAGCCUGCACAGUGUGGACAUCUCACCAGACUGGACAGACCCGCUGCUGCAGGCAGACGUGUCGGGGCUGCUUUGUUACCCGGGCAAGUCUGCAUCAGGCCAGGCCCCACUGUGGGCAGUGGCCCCCUCGGCUGGGAAGCACCAUGCGGAGAGGACAGCCACGGAGAAGGACGUCGAAGACUUUAUCGUAACAUCUUUUGAUUCUCAAGAAUUGUUAACAUCCCCUUCUCAUGAGUUAGCGAGAAGAAGCGAUGGGAGCAGGAAAAGUGAUGGCCCAGACAUUGCUAUGAUGUUGACCCUGGGCUCAGAAGGGUCUGAGACUCCCACCACUGACCUAGUCGCUGCUGCUGCUGCUGCUGUUCCUUUCUCUAGAAGGUUUGUCCAGUCACCAGGAGCAAUGAAGGAGAAGGAGAUCCAUGCAAAGCAAAUGAAGGCUUUGCUGCAGAUGGUGUUUGAUGAGAGCCACCAGAUACUGGCCUUGUCAGAAAGCCAGGACCCCUCUAGUGCACUGAACAAAGGUGAACCACGUGACCCCCUGGAUGGCUUCCCGAGAGACAGUCAGGCCCUUUCGGAGGUGACAACUGACAAAGGAGAGAAGGAAUCUUUGGAAACACACCUUACGUGGAGUGAGGAGCUUUUGCGGGCCAUACAAGAAGUGUUUGCCAGGGAGCAGGAGAAGGCUGAGCUGCAGCCUAGACCUUAUGGUUCAAACCUAGGAGAUUAUAACUCCCUGGUCCAGAGGCUGGAGAAGGUUAUCCAAGAGCAGGGAGACCCGCAGAAGGUCCAGGACCACCUGUGUCUGUCAGACAGGAGCAGCCUGCUAGCUGAGAUUCAGGCCCUGCGUGCUCAGCUCCGCAUGACACACUUACAGAACCAAGAGAAGCUGCAGCAAUUGUGUGCAGCCUUGACGAGCACAGAGGCCCGAGGGAGCCAGCGGGAGCACCAGCUACGAAGACAAGUUGAACUUUUGGCGUACAAAGUGGAACAGGAAAAGUGCAUAGCAAACGAGUUACAGAAAACCUUGAGCAAAGAACAGGAGACGGCGAGCGACGUGCGCAAGCGCCUGGUGGUGGAGCAGAAUGCCGUCCAGGACUUGAAGUCCGAGCUGCACGCCUGUAAGCAGGAGAACACCAGCCUGCUGGAGUCGCUGGACAAGGUGCAGCAGGAAGUCCUGCGGCUCAGGUAUGGCCAUGUGACGUGGUCCUACUGUGGAACUUCUUCUGCUUCGGCUGGCAGAGCUGUGCUGGACGGGAAGGAGAAGGAGCUGAAGGUUGUGCUGGAGGAGCUGGAGUCUGAGCGCGGAAAGGGGCAGGCCCUCCAGGCCCAGCAGGAGGAGCAGCAACUGCGGUACCUGCAGAGGGAGGGCCAGAGCUCCAGGGCCCUGGAGGAGUUGAAACUAUCUUUGGAGAAGCAGCUUGCUCAAAACAACCAACUGUGUGUGGCUUUAAAACACGAGCGUGCGGCCAAAGACAACCUGCAGAAGGAGCUGCAGAUCGAGGCCUCGCGCUGCGAAGCGUUGCUGGCACAGGAGAAGGGCCAGCUCUCAGAGCUGCAGAAGAGCCUGGAGGCUGAGCGGAGCCGCUCACUCGAGCUCUCAGAGGCCCUACAGCACGAGCGCCUCCUGACAGAGCAGCUGAGCCGCAACUCGCAGGAGGCCUGUGCCCGCCAAGAGACACAAGUGCAGCACGCUCUGCUGCGAAAGCUGAAGGCAGAGAAGACUCGUGCGUUGGAGCUGGAGGCCAUGCUUGAAAAGGUGCAGAAACAGGCUGCCCACACCCAGCAGCAGCUGGAGGCUCAGGCUCAGGAGCGCUGCGUAGAGCUCAGGAGAGAGAAGGAGGUAAGUGGCAACCUGAGGUCAGCCGUGGAUGCCUUGCGGACCCACAAACAGGAGCUGGGAUGCUGUCUGCAGAGAGAGAGGGAGAAGGCAGCUUGGUUGCAGGCAGAAUUAGAACAGUUAUCUGCCAGAGUGAAAGAGCAAGAAGCCCGCAAGGACGCAAGGAGGAUGGAGAGGAGGUCGAGCCGCGCAGACCUGGACAAGAGGAAGUGGCAGAGAGACAAGGAGACGCUGCGAGAGUUGGAGAUACAGCGUCAGCGUGAUGAGCAUAAGAUCGAGCAGCUUCAGCGUCUGGUGAGGGAGCUGAGGUGGAAAGAGGAGGUGUCCGGAGGAAACGGCCCUUGCCGGGGCUCCCCCGGCCGGGGUUCUCUGGAGAGGGACCAGUUCCAGGAGCAGCAACAGGAACUGGAGAAGAUCCGGCAGCAGCUACUGUGUGCAGCUGGCCUCCUCACAAGCUUUACCAACCACACGGUAGACAGGACAAUUAAAGAUUGGACGUCAUCAAAUGAGAAGGCGGUGUCAUCCUUAAUGCGCACGCUGGAGGAGCUGAAGUCUGAGCUGAGCAUGCCCACCUCCUUUCAGAAAAAGAUGACUGCAGAACUCCAGGUCCAGCUCAUGAAUGAACUGCUGAGCGACAAUGAUGCCCUCACAAAAGCUGUGGGCAUGGCAACCCGAGAGAAAGCUGAGCUGUGCAGGACCGUCUCCCGGCUCGAGAAGACCCUGAAGCACCACACGCAGAAGGGCUGCGUUCUUAAUAGGCAAAGCAAGUCUUCAUUGAAGCAAGAUGGGACAGAUUUGCAGAGUUCUCUACGGCACUCAGACCCAGAGUGGCACUCGCAGACUACAAGUGGGGACACAAACACCUGCAAUAUCAAAAUGGAAAAGCUGUACCUGCACUAUCUGAGAGCAGAGAGCUUUAGGAAAGCUCUGAUUUAUCAAAAGAAGUAUCUCUUACUGCUGAUUGGUGGAUUCCAGGACUCAGAGCAGGAAACGCUCUCCAUGAUCGCUCACUUGGGGGUCUUUCCUUCCAAAGCAGAUAAGAAAAUUACUAUGUCACGUCCCUUCACCAAGUUCCGCACCGCCGUUCGAGUGGUCAUCGCAGUAUUGAGGUUGCGGUUUUUGGUUAAGAAGUGGCAGGAAGUGGAUCGGAAGGGAGCCCUGGUACACCCCAAAAGCACCCGCCACGGACACCGAACAUCCCAGAGACAACGUUCUCCAUCAGGACCCAGAGCGUCUCUGCCAACCCGAGACACUUCCUCAGGGCCUACCAAGGCCUCUCGGCACAGCCCCAGAUCUGCGGCAGCCGGCUCACCGGGCAAGGAAAGAUCAACUUCGACACCAAGUUCAAGGCUAGAAAGAUCCCUAACUGCUUCUCAAGAUCCUGAGCACUCCUUGACAGAAUACAUCCAUCAUUUAGAAAUGAUCCAGCAAAGACUUGGGGGGUUGCCGCCAGAUUCUACUCAGAAAUCCUGCCACCAGAAGAUUAAACAGUGAAUAAAGUCCUUGCGGCUCUUAACCUUUGACAUUUCUAUUUGAGGAAAGAUGUUUUUUUUUCCUAAGGAAAGCCCAUGAUAUAGUCUGGGACACACACUUCGGAAGUGGUGACACCAGCCCCUAGGAGCCACCGAGAGCUUCCACCUCCACACACUGCUACAUAGAGGGAGCCCGCUGCUCUCAUCCCCACCGCACGCUCCUCCCCGCCCAGCGAGCAGGGGCUGUGCUGGGUCCUGUGCCUGAUGAUGGAGCUCUCUGCCUCCUCCCAGGCAGAAGCUGCUUGCUUUCUUAGCGUGUCAGGAUGGGAAGGUCAGUUGCAAAUGAACACAGAGGAAAAGAGGAAUGUAUUUUUUAAAGACUGUUGUCUGCUGGAUGGAUGGAUGAAUGGUCUUGUAUUAUUGUUGUUGUUGUUUUUGUAAAUCCAUUCAGUUUAUUCUUUUUAUUGGCAAAACAAAUAAAACUAUGUCAAACUUGC